GUUGUUCACCGUAGUAUAUAAGCCGAGGUUCAAGGCUCUGUUAGUUCAUUGCUUCCCCUGCCUGUGUUUGGGACUCAUACUUGCGAAUAAAUCCUGAUCAUGAAGUGGCUGUCGAUUGCCCUGGCCCUAUUGGUGGUCGUGUCGUGCAUGGUGACCUGGACCGCCGCCAUGCCUGACCCGACCCCCGUGGCUGACCCUAAUCCGGAAGCUAGUCCUGAGCCCUUUUUCUUCGGAGGUCGUGGAUUAGGAUUCGGAAGAGGAUUCGGAUUCGGAAGAGGAUUCGGCAGAGGAUUCGGUGGGCGUGGCUUCGGCGGGCGUGGUUUCGGGAGGCGUGGCUUCGGUGGGCGUGGCUUCGGUGGGCGUGGCUUCGGCAGAGGAUUUGGCAGAGGAUUCGGGUUUUUCGGAUGAAGUUUUCCUCGAAGUUGCACCUUAUAUCUUUCUCCUUUCUUCACGGAAAUAAAUGUGUAUUCUGAUGUAAUGUGGGGAGUUUUGGAUAAAAUUCCUUUGAAGUU